AUGGAUGACAGAACAUUCAACUUCUCUCAUCAGGAAUUCUAUUUGAUUGGAUUCACGGAUCUGCAAGAGUAUCGACGAUAUCUUUUCAUUCCUUUUUUCGUCAUCUUUGCUUUCACAUUGUUUGCAAACUCAGUCAUAAUGAUGGUGAUUGUAAAAGAAAGCAAGUUACAUGCACCCAUGUACAUUCUGAUUGGGUUUACUGCAGCUCUUGGGUUUAUGCAGCCAAUAUUUCUUGUUCCGAGAAUGUUAAUCAGUUUUCUGUUUGGCAAAAAUAUGAUUUACAAAGAUGAAUGUCUUAUUCAAAUGUUUUGUCUGCAUAUGGCAGGUUGUUUUCAGUCGACUGUUUUGGUUGGGAUGGCACUGGAUCGUUACUUUGCAAUUUGCAAACCUCUUUAUUAUCACAAAUACAUGGAAAUCCCUAACUUUGUAAAGUUUGUUGUUGUGCCAGUAAUCAGAAAUGUACUCCUGGUAGUCACCACUGUCUCUCUGGCAGGAAAACUGUCAUUUUGUGUAACAAAUAUCAUUGAUCAUUGUUUUUGUGAACACAUGGUAUUGGUUCAGUUAGCAUGUGGAGAUAUAACUAUUAAUAAUAUUGUAGGACUUUUGACUGUUUUCUUUAUCCCAACUGCAGAUUUUAUUCUUAUCAAUAUUUCUUACAUUGUGAUUUUCACCUCUGUGUUCAAGUCUGGCAAAACUAACAUGAAGGCCUUAAACACCUGCAUUACUCACUUCAUUGUUAUGUCAGUUACUUUGACCUUUGCCUUAAUUGCAUUUUUGUCAUACAGAAUAAGAAAUAAUUUUUCUCCUAGUGGUCGUGUAUUUGUGAGCACAAUGUAUUUACUUUUUCCAAGUUGUUUUAACCCAAUUAUUUAUGGAGUGAGAACAAAAGAAAUAAGACAAACAUUUAUAAAGUUCAUAAAAAAUUUAAAAGUCUUACCAUUGUAA